AUGACACAGCUACAGAAGCCCCACAUGACUGUGGGAAAUGUUGUGCCGGGCUCGAUUAAAUAUAAGCCGGCCCUAGGUCCCGACGCUCCCGGCCUCACAUGUCUUGGAAAUGAUGUUAACACGACGUUUGUGGCUGAGACAGCACUACCUACAGACGCUGGGAUGUUUCGUGUGCGUGCGUAUCGUUCCGUUGGCUCAUUACGGGAGAGCGAGCCUAUAGCUAUGAUUACGGGAGAUGUGCGCGGAAAGCGCAAUGUACCCGUUCGUGUGCACGAUCAAUGCUUUACGUCGGAAGUGUUUGGAUCGCUAAAGUGCGACUGUAAAGAACAAUUGGACUAUGCAAAGACGUAUACAAAACAACAUGGUGGCGUGGUCAUUUAUAUGCCUCAGGAAGGUCGGGGAAUUGGCCUAGCGAACAAGAUCAUGGCUUACUCAAUGCAGGAAUGUGGUCUAGACACAGUGGAUGCGAACCGCGUUCUGGGAUUCAAGGACGAUUACCGAUCUUAUGAGCCGGUUCUUGCUAUUAUUAAAGACUUGGGAAUCCAGUCUAUUCGGCUUUUAACAAAUAAUCCGCGCAAGCUUCGGUUACUGAGUCAGCUUGGUAUUAUUGUUGAAGGGCGGCUGCCUGUGAUUAUUCAAGGUGGUGAGCAUAGCCAAGGAUACUUGACGGCUAAGGCGCAUCGAAUGUCGCAUAUAUUGCCUGCGUUUUUGGCGGAUGGUAGUGGGGAAGAUACGGCUACUGAUGAGAGUCAGGACGAAGAAGAGCAACAAGUAAAUCCUCAAGAAGCUGUUGCAUCUUCUUCUCCAACGGCAUCCCUGGCCUCCUCCUGUGCCGGAUUCUAG